UAUGCAUUUUUAACUUCACAAUCAAGUAUUAUACUUCAUUAAGUAAUACCGUGUCUUGUAAAUCUUAUAGAGAACUGUUACUCAUCAGCCAAUAGAUCCUCUUCCAUCAGUGUGACGUAAGAUUGACAGUUUUGUGGUCCACUUUUCUCUCAGAGUUUUCACAAUGAAGUCCCCUCCCUCCAACCAGCCACGGCAGCAUCUUGAUUGCAUUUAAAACAUGUUUUCAGAAAUCCCCCUCGACCCUUCCUUCCCAGACACUCCAAGAGAGCUCUUGAUAUCAUGAGUGGUACGGUCCAACAGAUCACUCUAACUACUGAUCCAGACACCCCCUACUUCCUGCGAGUGGACUGGGCCGCAGACCUAGGUGCUGGUUUCACAUUAGCUCUCACUGAUGGCAGCUCAGCAUGGAUCGGAGAGGUUUCAGAAGACGAGGUGACGAAGGAGGCAAAUGAUAUGGAAGUCACAAGAGAAAAAUAUGUUGAGGAUCUUCUUCGAGCACUUACAGGAGGUGAAGGAGGGAAAGAAGAAGCACGGAAAAAGGGUGACAAGGAGGUUUAUCGUUUUCGCCUCACAUCAGAUCACUGUCAUCUCUCCUACCAGAAGAUCUGCAAUGAUAUCUCGGUACACUUGGGUUCUGUGGAGCUCCAGCCAGCUCCAGACUCUUUACAGCUGAAUCGGGAGAUGAUUAGCCAGUCCCUGAAGAGCAGCGCGGAGCUAGAGUUGGAAAAUUGCAAGUUGUUAGAAGAGAAUUGUCAACUGAACAAGAAGAACCAGAGGAUUCUUAGAGAAUUGGAGCAGCAGGUUCUGGAUAAGGAGACACUAGAAAGGGAGCUCUACUCACGGUUCGUGAUGGUGCUGAAUGAGAAGAAAGCCAAGAUCAGAGGCCUGCAGGACACCCUCCAGCACCUCCAACAAGCUGAUGAGCAGCAGAGAGAGCAAGAGGGGAGACGAAGUGACAAUGACGCAACUUCUGGUGAAGAUGAUGAUGAGGACAGAGCAGCAGAGUCAGUCGAGAACACUUUUCCUUCUCAGGAGCCGACUAUCCUCAUCACAGGUCGUAACCUGGUGUGCCAGGGCAUCACUCUUGACCGGACUUUUUCUGAUGAUGAAGAUGAACAGCCAAGAAAGAAGCAGAGGUUUAUUCAGUCACUAAGCCCAGAGCCUUCUAUACAACAGUGACAUCACAGAUGUUCUGUGGACCAAAACACCUGAGGGGUGUUUCACAGGGGGUUAAUAGGAUUGCAUCUUCACCUCCUCACCUCUUCCUCUACCUCUGCUACCACUUUUAGGUCCAGAGGUCAUCACAGUGUGUCUUCACACUGACUGUAAUGAACCCAUGGAGACCUAUUCAGGGUCUCCAUCUGACCAUUCUACCUUUGACUUCUGGACCUUCCUGCUGUCUUGUAUGAUUUUGAUGAUACCUAUGUGUCUGCUGAAGACCACGGGUGGCCGCCAGGAUAAUCCCACAACACGCGCUUGCUGGUUUAAUAAUCCCCACAGGAAUGUCACACAUUCUGUUCUAUACUACCCAUCAACAAGGCAUGUUUUAAAGGGACGACCCGAUGACAAAUGAUGGUGGAUGAGACUGUAAGAAAAGAUGAAAAUAUAAUGAAAAUUGUAAAAAGGUAUAUUUGAUGAUCCAGAAAAUUGUAAAAAGGUAUAUUUGAUGAUCCAGAAAAUUGUAAAAAGGUAUAUUUGAUUAUCCAGAAAAUUGUAAUUCAUUCCUGUUUGUGUUAUUUUUAAGUUUGACUUGAACUUGCGAUUUGAAUUGCUUAUUUUAGAGGCCUAAUGUCUCAACUUCCAGAAUAGGUUAAUGCAAGUUUAAUGACUCAAAGACAUUUUUAUACACAAGAAAAAAUGAUUGUAUUUGUUGCUAAAUAUAACAAACCUUGUUACGAUGCUUUAUUUGUGAACUAUUGUAAAUCUUGUUUUUGUGCCUUUAAAGCUUGGAUUGUUAAGCCAGGAAAACUAGCUUGAAUUUGAAUCUAGCAUUUCCUCAUAACUCCAUCUAACCCCUUCCCCCUUGGAGCUCCUCUGAAACGAGGCCAACACUUUUUGAUAUUUUUCGUUUUUUGCACUAUGCCACCUCAUGUCUCACUCAGCUGUAAGAAAACACCUUAACAUUAUCAUAGUGAAAGUCAAAAACACAAAGAUGGCUAUUGUUAGUACUCACAACUGUCAUCAAUCAAUCAUCAAUCAAUCUUUAUUUGUAUAGCGCCAAAUCACAACAAACAUUAUCUCAAGAACAAAUAUUUACAAACAUAGCAGGUCUAGGCCUACUCUAUAUUAAAUUAUAAACAGAGACCCAACACCAAGACAGGAUAAGACAUCUUAAUCCACCAUGAGCAUUGCAACUCGCAGUAUUUAACCAGUUACAGCUGCAAGGAAAAACGUCCUUUUAACAGGCAGAAACCUCGAACCAGACUCAUGUUAGACAGCCAUCUGCCUCGAUGGAGCUGGUUGUUGUUACAGUUACCAGUAAUCAGGGUUUUGGUUGUUUCCCGGCCAUUCUCCAUUAAGCUUGAAUCGCUCUGGUUUCUGUUAUACGCACUGAAUCAGGACAAGUGGACGCUGGAGAAAUGUAUGCGCAGGAGGCGAGCAGAACGGCAGGACGGCAUUUGAUUGGUUCCUUCCAUGAGGACCUCAUGGCAGUGAUUGGUUGUUGUUUUACUAGGUUUACUCCGGCUGUAGAUAGCAGAUUUUUUUGCUCUUUUUUAGAAACACGUUAUGUAUUGAUUGCCAUCAGGAAAAAAAUAUAGUUUUAGUAGAGCAGUUAUGUUCAUUUCAGCUUCACUCAUAAAAAAAAUUAUAUUCAAACAUUUCUUUAUUUUUCUUUCUCAGCUACAAACAAAAAACAAACAAACCAAGAAUCCACUCUGCUAAUGGUGGUAAUCAAAUAAAUAAAGCUGACUCCACCAUAUAUGAUUCUGCUGUAAAAGGUCUAGCAACACUGAAAAAUAUUUAAUAAUUAAAGAAGAUUAAGAUAAAAAAAGACAGAUGUAAGUGUGAGAUGUAUGCAAAAACAGUGAACACCCUAAAUAAAUAAGAGCCCAAUAUGCAGUAAAGUAUGUUUCUUUAUAUUGUCUUUAAACUACCAAAGUACAUUUUAUUUUGAAAAGGAAAACUAACAGUCAAUUAGCACAUGUUCCUGUUUCAUUAAAUACUUCCAGUAGUAUCAGUAUGGAUGUCUGAUGAUCUCCAGUGAAGAAUUCAUGCAAGCCAAAAUCAAGUUUAGACCAAAAGUUUAGAGUUGUAUAAAAUGCAAAGUUACCUCCAUGUGGCUUUCUAGCGCGGGUAGUCUCAAUCACCUGGAUGUGAAGCAGCCCCUCAGAUCUGGCAGGGUUAAUACCUGCUUGUGAGAGAGCGAUGACGGCUCUGCCUGGCUGAAAUUAAACGUUCAGUCACUUGCUUAUCAUCGUCAUUCACUUACAACCUGCACCUGUAGGAUGCCCAUCAUCGAGGGAAAUGACAGGAGUCUUCCUGCUUCCCGCCCUAGAGCUGUGGGGAGAUAGAGUGGUCUUUGUUUGAUGUUUGGCUGUGCUCUGCUCCCUCUCUCUCUGCUCACCAGAUUAAACUGUAAUGUCUGAAAUGUUUGAAAACUGAAGAUGUCAACUUGUUCUGUAAUAAAUCACGAAACAAUGUA